CCUCCCCCCAUCCAGGUAAUUUUCUGAUGUGACGGCUGAGACAUGAGAUCUUCAGCCUCCAGGCUCUCCAGUUUUUCGUCGAGAGAUUCACUAUGGAAUCGGAUGCCGGACCAGAUCUCCGUCUCCGAGUUCAUCGCCGAGACCACCGAGGACUACAACUCGCCCACCACGUCCAGCUUCACCACGCGGCUGCACAACUGCAGGAACACCGUCACGCUGCUGGAGGAGGCUCUAGACCAAGAUAGAACAGCCUUACAAAAAGUGAAGAAGUCUGUAAAAGCAAUAUAUAAUUCUGGUCAAGAUCAUGUACAGAACGAAGAAAACUAUGCACAAGUGCUUGAUAAAUUUGGAAGUAAUUUUUUAAGUCGAGACAACCCAGAUCUCGGUACCGCUUUUGUGAAGUUCUCUACUCUUACCAAGGAACUGUCCACACUGCUGAAGAAUCUGCUCCAGGGUCUGAGCCACAAUGUGAUCUUCACCUUGGAUUCCUUGUUGAAAGGAGACCUAAAAGGGGUCAAAGGAGAUCUCAAGAAGCCAUUUGACAAAGCUUGGAAAGAUUAUGAGACAAAGUUCACAAAAAUUGAGAAGGAGAAAAGAGAGCAUGCAAAACAGCACGGGAUGAUUCGCACCGAGAUCACCGGGGCUGAGAUCGCAGAAGAGAUGGAGAAGGAGAGACGCCUCUUUCAGCUCCAAAUGUGUGAAUAUCUCAUUAAAGUUAAUGAAAUCAAGACCAAAAAGGGUGUGGACCUGCUGCAGAAUCUUAUCAAGUAUUACCACGCACAGUGCAAUUUCUUUCAAGAUGGCUUGAAAACAGCUGAUAAAUUGAAACAGUACAUUGAAAAACUAGCUGCUGAUUUAUAUAAUAUAAAACAGACCCAGGAUGAAGAAAAGAAACAGCUCACCGCUCUCCGAGACUUAAUAAAAUCCUCUCUUCAACUUGAUCAGAAAGAAGUAGGUGAUCUCGGUGUUUCCAGCAGGGCUAAAAGUUCUAGGAGAGAUUCCCAGAGCCGGCAGGGAGGAUACAGCAUGCAUCAGCUCCAGGGGAAUAAGGAGUAUGGCAGUGAGAAGAAGGGGUACCUGCUGAAGAAGAGCGACGGGCUCCGGAAGGUGUGGCAGAGAAGAAAGUGUGCUGUCAAGAACGGCAUCCUCACCAUCUCACACGCCACGUCCAACAGGCAGCCCGCUAAACUGAACCUUCUCACCUGCCAGGUGAAGCCAAAUGCCGAGGACAAGAAGUCUUUCGACCUGAUCUCACAUAAUAGAACGUAUCACUUUCAGGCGGAAGACGAGCAGGAUUACGUCGCGUGGAUAUCAGUGCUGACAAAUAGCAAGGAGGAGGCCUUAACCAUGGCCUUCCGCGGAGAGCAGAGCACGGGGGAGAACAGCUUGGAAGAUCUGACAAAAGCCAUUAUUGAGGACGUCCAGAGGCUGCCUGGGAACGAUGUCUGCUGUGACUGCGGCUCAUCAGAACCCACCUGGCUUUCAACCAACUUGGGUAUUUUGACCUGUAUAGAAUGUUCCGGCAUCCAUAGGGAAAUGGGGGUUCAUGUAUCUCGCAUUCAGUCUUUGGAACUAGACAAAUUAGGAACUUCUGAACUCUUGCUGGCCAAGAAUGUAGGAAACAAUAGUUUUAAUGAUAUUAUGGAAGCAAAUUUACCCAGCCCCUCACCAAAACCUACCCCUUCAAGUGAUAUGACCGUACGGAAAGAAUAUAUCACCGCAAAGUAUGUAGAUCAUAGGUUUUCAAGAAAGACCUGUUCAUCUUCAUCAGCUAAACUAAAUGAACUGCUCGAGGCGAUCAAAUCCAGGGACUUACUUGCACUAAUUCAAGUCUAUGCGGAGGGGGUAGAGCUAAUGGAACCUCUGCUGGACCCCGGACAGGAGCUCGGGGAGACAGCCCUUCAUCUUGCAGUCCGAACCGCAGACCAGACAUCCCUCCAUUUGGUUGACUUCCUUGUACAAAACUGUGGAAGCCUGGAUAACCAGACCACCGUGGGAAACACAGCGCUGCACUACUGUAGCAUGUACGGGAAGCCCGAGUGUUUGAAGCUGCUUCUCAGGAGCAAGCCCACUGUGGAUGUGGUCAACCAGGCUGGAGAGACUGCCCUGGACAUAGCAAAGAGACUCAAAGCCACCCAGUGUGAGGACCUGCUUUCCCAGGCUAAAUCCGGAAAGUUCAAUCCACAUGUUCAUGUAGAGUAUGAGUGGAAUCUUCGACAGGAGGAAAUGGAUGAAAGCGAUGAUGAUCUAGAUGACAAGCCAAGCCCGAUCAAGAAAGAGCGCUCCCCGAGACCGCAGAGCUUCUGCCACUCCUCCAGCAUCUCUCCCCAGGACAAGCUGUCGCUGCCGGGGUUCAGCACUCCGCGGGACAAGCAGCGGCUCUCCUACAGCGCCUUCACCAACCAGAUCUUUGCCUCCGCAAGCACAGACUCUCCCACGUCGCCCACCUCAGAGGCCCCGCCCCUGCCUCCCAGAAACGCCGGGAAAGGUCCAACUGGCCCACCUUCAACACUCCCUCUAAGCACCCAGACCUCUAUUGGCAGCUCCACCCUGUCCAAGAAGAGGCCUCCUCCCCCACCACCCGGACACAAGAGAACCCUGUCCGACCCUCCCAGCCCACUACCUCACGGGCCCCCAAACAAAGGCGCAGUUCCUUGGGGUAAUGAUGUGGGCCCAUCAUCUGCAAGUAAGACGGCAAACAAGUUUGAGGGGUUGUCUCAGCACUCAAGCACCAGUUCUGCGAAGACCGCCCUUGGCCCGAGAGUCCUUCCUAAACUACCUCAGAAAGUGGCACUAAGGAAGACGGAAACCAGCCAUCAUCUCUCCCUAGACAAAGCCAAUGCCCCGCCCGAACUCUUCCAGAAGUCAUCACAGUUGGCCGAGCUGCCGCAAAAGCCGCCCCCUGGAGACCUGCCCCCCAAGCCCACAGAACUGGCUCCCAAACCCCAAAUCGGAGACUUACCACCCAAGCCGGGAGAACUGCCCCCCAAGCCGCAGCUGGGCGACCUGCCACCCAAACCCCAGCUCUCAGACUUACCUCCCAAGCCGCAGAUGAAGGACCUGCCCCCCAAACCGCCGCUGGGAGACCUGCUGGCCAAGGCCCCGCCCGGCGACGUCUCGCCCAAGGCUCAGCCGCCCGCGGACGCCCCUCAGAAGUCGCACCCGGCGGACCUCUCCCCAGGAGUGCCGUCCCGAGAGGCCGUCCAGAAGCAAGCCUCGGACGAUGCCAACGACCUCACGCCCACCCUGCCGGAGAUGCCCGUGCCACUGCCCAGGAAAAUCAACACGGGGAAGAAUAAAGUGAGGCGAGUGAAGACCAUCUACGACUGCCAGGCAGACAACGACGAUGAGCUGACCUUCAUCGAGGGCGAAGUGAUCGUGGUCACAGGGGAGGAGGACCAGGAGUGGUGGAUCGGGCACAUCGAAGGACAGCCCGAAAGGAAAGGGGUCUUCCCAGUGUCCUUCGUCCACAUCCUGUCCGACUAGCAAAGCGCGGUCCUGGCGAGCACCCACACGCCCUUCGUGCAAGACUGCUGGCUCCACGUGACCUGUGCACGCCGUGUACAUAGCUGCUGUUACAGGGGGAGAGACUCCCGGAGGGCGCCUCAGGAGGGGACGUAGUAGUGCUGUAAAUACCCUGUGGUCUUCUGCCUUCACCAGUGUUAGGGCCGCCCGGGGGCCCGGCCGCCUUGCUGGUUAGCCAAAGCCACCCCUGGCGGCCAGCCCUGACAUCUCUAUCUACGCUGUUUUCCAAGCAAACAAACAGGAAUAUAGGAACUGCUGGCUUUGCAAAUAGAAAUGGUCUCCAGCAUCCCCGAAAGGCAUAAAAUCGACUCUGUUCCCAACAAUACAGUAUUCGCCAUUGUGUUACUGAAAUGCACCCUUAGCAAAGAGGCAGGUUCUGUUCGGCAGGUGAAACCUUAGCUCCAUGACAGCCCAGCCUGUAGUUAACAUAGUUUACAGCUACAGAAACCUACCUUGGUCUAUUUAUUACAGAAAAGUGCUCAGUUAAAUGUAAGUGUUAACUCCUUCAGCAAAAUAGUCACUGACCCGGAACCUUGGGGGCAUCUCAUGCCCACAGCCUCAGCAGGUCUAGACCGGUGGGUGUAGACUGGUGGUGACGAGUGCCCGCCCCUGAGAUGUUAUUACCUCAUUCUGCAGAAAACAUAUCCUUCAUGACUAUUUUGACAAAAAUUUAAAACACAUCUGAUGAAGUUCAACUCCCAGGAACCAAGGACUGCCAGAAAAUAUUAGCCUCUACAUUAUGCAUGCAUUUAGAAGCUUACCUGAAAUCUGCCUUUUAUAAAGGAAUAGUGUGGAUAAGUUGAACUGUACAAUUUUUAAACUUGAUCGCCAUUAAAGCAGAAAUUAUAAGGUUGCAACAAUACUUGUUUCUAGUCAGUCAUUUGGCUUUCUCAAGAGUGCGAACUUCCCUAUAUUAUUAUAGUAUAUUAUGAAUCGCAUCCUUCACAUGUUUUAAAGCAGCGAAUGCAUCCAUUUAAAACUGUUUCCAGGGUUGUGUUCUUGGCUGAGUUUACGCUUUCGAAAGAUGAUUCCAGAAGAUGACGAAUGUACACAUUAUCUCCCCACUGUAGAAUCAGGUGCUGAAACCACCCUCCAUUUCCCGUGCCCCCAUCCCUCCCGGUGGUAGAGACCUGGUCCAGCCGGAGGUGCCACUCAGCAGCCGCGUCCCCUCGAGCUGGUUCACCAGCACGGGUGAGAGCUGGCUGUGGGCCGCGCUCAGGGAGCCCCGCUGGCCUCUUCGGGCUGCGCGUUCACCCGGCGCGUGUCAGACCAGAGCACAUCCUGGGCGCUUGGGUCUCUAUCAGUCUCAUUUCACCCCGCGGCCGGGGGCCGUUCUCUGAGGCGGGCUCUCAGGCUGGCAUUACAUUUGCUUAAACUGCUCCGUUGGCAGUGGCACAGAAACUCAGAUUCUUAAGCAGAUCAUCUUGGCAAUGAGGAAGAAAUGUUCAUUUCACAGAAGCACAACUCCCAACCAAACCCUUAGGAAGAGCCCUCUAGAAGAGUCGCAGUCCUUGGUGAAUAGCCAUUUAGUUCUGCUUACGCGACCGUUAUGAAAACUAGGUACACCCUGCAUGACAAACCUACACCACGUCUUACCAGCUGUUACUGGAAAGUGAUGUUAAGCAAUUGUUUCCUCAGUGUGACAGCCCGCGUGAGCCCCUCACUCCAGGCGCCUCCCUGGGCCCGCGCAUGAAGCCACCAGGUGACUGGGAGUAAUGGCCCCGGGGACAGUCACACAUCUGCGUUGCAUUGAAGAACUCUUCAUUUGUGUGGCCUACAGUUUUUUCAACUGGUCUCAAAAUAAACUGGCUUUGAAAAUCAGAAUGAAAACUCCGAUGUCUAAAGUUACAUGGCGUCGUCCUCAGCCUUUUCCCCUCUAGCAGCCACUUACACAGAUGCAUUGUUGAUUUUUUUUUUUUCCUGGUUUGGUUUUGUUUCCAUCAGGAACUUGACUUUGUUCUGAUCCAGCUUACUACGGGAUUUAGGAAAACUAGGUAUAAAUACCUUUGGUGAUCUUGGUUGAGUUUAAAUCUGAUAUUGUUCUUAACCUCAGUGAGCCACGCUCUGCAAUUUUGUACAUGAUAUAUAGUAUUUUGAAGCUAUGGAAUCUUAUUAAAAAAAAAUAGCUAAUUCUUUUUUCCCCAGAGGGAAAAGUUAUGUUCUGCAAAUAGCGUAUGUCUUAUUUUUCCUGUUGAACAGCAAUUGCUAUUUAUUUUUUUAUCGCCUAGAACCUCCGCGUGCUGUGGAGGGAGCCCGUAGCACCGCUAGGUCACCGCACGUCCUCUGGAUGUUAGUCAAACACCAACACGCUGUCCUCUCACAUGUGUUUAAUGUGACGGUCUCUCAGUACUGUGUGUGUUAAUUUCUACUUUUUUUAAUAUUUAAAAUUGCUUUUAAAUAAACAUAUUCUCAGUUG